AUGCUGAGGUCGCAGAACAUCAGGAUUCAGAAGGGAAAUGGGAGGUGCAGCGGUGGAUGCUUCUCCUACGCCUUCCCCAAAGCAGUCAGUGUGUUUUUCAAGGAGCUGAUCCAUGAGUUUGGUGUGGGCUACAGUGACAUGGCUUGGAUCUCCUCCAUUCUGUUGGCCAUGCUGUAUGGCACAGGCCCUCUGUGCACGGUGCUGGUCAACAGAUAUGGCUGCCGGCCUGUCAUGAUGGUGGGGGGUCUCCUGGCUUCUCUGGGAAUGAUUCUGGCCUCGUUCGCCACCAGCAUCAUCCACAUCUAUGUGUGCACAGGAAUGAUAACAGGCCUGGGUCUGGCUCUGAACUUCCAGCCCUCUCUCAUAAUGCUCAAUGUCUACUUCAACGAGAAACGUCCUCUGGCCAACGGGCUGGCGGCGGCGGGCAGCCCGGUCGCCCUGUGCUGCCUCUCUCCUCUCGGGCAGUUCUUUCAGCAUCAGUACGGCUGGAGGGGGGGCUUUCUCAUCCUGGGGGGUCUGCUGCUUAACUGCUGUGCCUGUGGAGCUCUGAUGAGGCCGCUGCUGCCCCCAAAGAAGAACAGGGAGCUAGAAACAGAGAAGGCCCCGACAAAAAGGAAGCUGCUGGACUUCAGUGUGUUCAAGGACCGAGGGUUUGUCAUCUACACCGUGGCGGCCUCCACUUUGGUCCUGGGGUUGUUUGUGCCACCGGUGUUUGUGGUGAACUACGCCAAAAGUCUGAACUAUGAGGACACGAAGUCGGCUCUGCUGCUGACCAUUCUGGGGCUGGUGGAUAUGUUUGCACGUCCCGCCUGCGGACUGGUCGCAGGAACGAAGUGGGUGAGACCACGCUGUGUUUACCUCUUCAGCUUUGCCAUGCUCUUCAACGGCUGCACGGACCUCAUCUGCUCCCAGGCCAAUACAUACAAUGGUCUGGUGGUCUUCUGUAUCUUCUUCGGCAUCUCCUAUGGGAUGGUGGGAGCUCUGCAGUUUGAGGUUCUCAUGGCUCUGGUUGGGACAGAGAAGUUCGCCAGUGCCAUUGGGCUGGUGCUGCUGAUGGAGGCCAUGGCGGUGCUGGUGGGACCGCCUGGAGCAGGUCGUCUGCUGGAUGCCACUCAUCAAUACAUGCAUGCAUUUCUGCUGGCGGGAGCAGAAGUCACCCUCUCCGCCCUCCUCUUGGCUCUGGGAAACUUCCUCUGCAUCAAAACCAAGCGCUCAGAUCCUGCAGCGUCUGUGGAGAUGAGCGUAGAAGCUGUAGAGAGAGAAUCCCUGCAUAAUGAGGAUGAGAUGUUGAGGAAGGAGGAGAGGAGGGAGAUGCAGGAGGAGGCUGUAGAACUUCAGGAAGAGAAAGACAAUAAUUAA